UGCCAAAACCAGUUGAGAGCGGCGCGCUUUUGCUGCCUGCAGAUUAUAUUCCACUGAAACUACAACACUUAUURAUUUAAUGUAACACUUAUUUCUUUAAUUAUCUGUAAAGUUUAACCUAUCGUCAAUGUAGAGAGCGUAGACAUUUUUUUCUUCGGCAAGUGAAAAUGGUAUACCUUCCGUCUGAACAGUAUUUCCUCCUUGGUUUUCAUUUUGUGCUUGUAUUUGGAAAGGAUUGUGGUCCUGCAGAAUAUAAAACUAAUGAUGGUCAGUGCUGCCCAAUGUGUAAUAAAGGCUUGGUGGUCCGCAGAGAUUGUACAUUGGAUUCCAGCACAUCUUGCAURCCCUGUAUCAGAGGGACCUUCAUGAACGAGGYCAAUGGUCUAACCAAGUGCUUUCCCUGCAGUCCCUGUGACCCAGGACAGGGCCUGUUCACUCAGACAGAGUGCAAACCAACAAGUAACACAGUCUGCGACGUUCUAGAUGGAUUCUACUGUAGAAGCUACUCAUCCAACUCUAAGUGUAGCUUUGCAGUAGAACAUACACACUGUUCACCGGGACAGAGUACUAAAUCACCUGGUAAGUAUGAAGUAGAGGCUAAAUAUUGUACAGGACAUAAUAAUUCUGAUGAAUUUAACAUGGGCUCUAGAUAGCUUAGUAG